AUGGCGGCGAAGCACCCCACGGCCGAGGCUUUCGAGCUGCACCUCCAGGCCCUCACCACUUCGCUGGACCUGCAGGUGAACUUCGUGCGCAGCGCCCUCGACCUGCACCCGGCCUCCUCGCUCGCGGACUUCAAGAAGGUGGCAGAGGAAGCGAUGGGCAAAUUCAGCGUCGCAAUCGAGGAAUUCCGAUCCGAUUUGAUCGUGGCCGCCGCCACAGCUGCAGGCUGUGGCCAACCUCCAGCGACGACGGACGAACCCGAUGCCGAGACUCCUGGGACGUCGACCAAAGCCUCAAGCAACGACAGAUGUUUCCAAGCUUGCCAGAGUUGCACCACCAAGCCUACGGAGAGCAUCGGCCCGAUCCCGAGAAGGGUCUCGGGGCUCUCCGCAGUCACAGUGCGCAGCCGCAGCGCCUCGAAAAGCAGCCGCGGCAGCAGCGCCAGCCGCAGCAGCAGUGCCAGCCAUUCCGAGAGGUGCAGGCUUCCCCGCCGAAGCACGUCUGCUCGCCGAACCAGCAUUGAGAAAAGAAGCUCUGCUCGCCGGAGCACUGGUCGCUCCUCGUUCGGGGAGGAGCUCGGCCGCGAGUCGAUCGGCACCGGAACCUCGGCGACCGAGGUGCCGGAGUUUCUGCUCCUGGGCGACCACUGCGUGCCGAAUGAGGUGCUCCGCCACGCAAUGGGGGCGACCGUGAGCGGUCAGUCAUCAACACUAUCGUUCGGGAAGAGCGGCGUCUUGUGCAUCGACGGCGUGUUGAACCCAGAUUUCUCUGCGAGGCUAGCGUGGGACCUAAUGGUGAUGCUCCUGGUGAUGUGCGACAGCGUUGUGCUCCCGUUCCAGCUGGCCGAAUUCGGCACGGACCCUGGCUUCGACGCGCUCUGGCUCUGGCUCACGGUCGGCGCCUUCAUGUGCGACCUGAUGGUGAAUUUUUGCACUGGCUACCGCGCAGGCAAAAACGACGCGCACCUGCAGGAGGGGACUCUUGUGACCGACAGGAUCAGCAUCGCAAUCAACUACCUCCGUAGAUGGUUCUGGAUCGACUUUCUGAGCACUGUGCCUUGGUCCGUCAUCGUUGAUGCCUUCCAAUCCAGCAAUGAGACGGAUGCGUCCUCGGCGGGCCAAGUGACAAAGCUCGCGAAGAUCAUCAAGCUGAUGCGGCUCCUGCGGCUCAUGAGGAUGCUCCGCCUCUGCAAGCUGGCGGUCAUUUGGGAGCGCUUCGAAAGCCGGAUCGGGUCCAGCACUGCCCUGAACGUGAUUGCCAUGCUGAGGGUCCUCUGCGUCUGGACCACGAUAUGCCAUUGGGGCGCCUGCGUCUGGUGGAUGGUCGGCCGGAGGGGCAGCCUGGCGAUGCUCCUGACUAUGCAGGACGACGUCCCAGAGGCGCUCCACUGGACGGAGUUGCCGCGCGAGCACAGCAGGCACGACGAUUUUGGAGAGUGGAAGUGGGUAGAGAGGCCCGUGUCGGAGCAGUACGUUUUUUGUUUCUAUUGGAUCCUCGGGGUGAUGCGCACGAUGCCGUCUGAGGUAACGCCCGUGAACUUGAUAGAGAGGGUGUUCGUCCUUCUCUUCAUGUUCUUCGCCGUCGCGGCGUUCGCCAUCAACGUCACCCGCAUAACGCAAGCUUGGUUCAAGUUCAGUGCGCGCAGUGACGCAUUCAAGGAGGAGAUGGCGUACGUCCGCAUGCAUCUCAGAUCCAUCAAAUGCGGGACUAAGCUGCAGCUGCGCACGCAGGCGUACCUCAGACACCUGUUCGAGAAGAGGAAGCUCCACGCCAAGGAGCUCGGAUUGCUGAACGCCCUUCCCGACGGUCUGAAGCGGAAGCUGAGCCAGGCCACCAAGAUUCACUACCUCAGGAUGUUGCCGCGGCUCGAAGACUGGAUCGACCCGGCCCUGCGGCACGUCUGCGACGCCGCGGAGAUCGUGGACUACCUGCCAGGCGACAAGCUCACGGAGAAAGACCAGCCGGCCACCGCCGCGCACGUGCUCAUGCGGGGCGGCCUGCAGGUCUACGCGCCUGCACCCCCGCACCAUCGCCGCCGCAGCAGCUCCAGUGCGGCGGGGGCGCUGACGCGCGUAUCGCUGUCGUCUGAUCUCUGCUUCGGCAGACUGACGGUCGUGGACGAGCACUGCCUUUUUGAGAGGACGGAGGUGUCGCUGAGCCGAGACACCGUGGUGGCGCUGGAGUGUUCGGAGGUGCUGCGCGUCGACCGACAUACAUUCCAGGAGACUUUGCGGAAGCUCCAGGAACUGCAGGAUACUCAGAAGCGCCGAAGGUACGAGAUGCAGAGAAUACUCAGAAACGAGGGCGACUGUAAUCUUGGCGGCAGCAGUCAGGACACAGCUCCGUUUUCCCCCGAUUCCCCCAGCACCCCUGGCUACUUUGGGCUCAAGGGUAAGCUGCUGCAGCGCACGGGAACGAUGGCAAGCAGACUGUCGCUGCAUUUCGGCACAGCUGGCAUGAUGUCCGCUGGGUAG